AUGGUUGCCAACGAAGAAGACUUUACGCCUUAUGACCCUAUUCGAUGCGCACACUACGCCCGUUUUGCUUCACAUCUUGACAGAUGGCAAUUCGAUCUCCUUUACUGGCUCCUCUUCGUCUUCAACUUGUUCAUCCUGUUUCUUGCAGCAUGGGGAUACACUCGACUCAAAACGAAAACAGGCAAUUAG